ACAAGCUUCCACUGCCGUUUAAUUUUUUUUCGCUUGUCUCUCUUGUGAAUUUUCUUGUCUCUUGUGUUCUGCCGAGUUUAUUCGUUCGAGAUAGAUUGUUGUAAAAUAUCAGUGAAUAAAAUCCGUGAAUAUUUAAAUAAUCCUUUGUGAUUUUAAUUAUCAAAAAAUGAGUGGAUUUCCGGGGACAUUCGCUUUCGACGAAUAUGGCAGACCUUUUAUAAUUUUGCGUGAUCAAGAGAAUCAAAAACGCAUAACAGGCACCGAUGCAAUUAAGACGCACAUUUUGGCUGCCCGUCAAAUAGCAUCGACUCUGAAGACAUCCCUAGGGCCCAAAGGUCUGGACAAGAUCAUGGUUAGUCCAGAUGGUGAUGUCACAGUAACCAAUGACGGUGCUACGAUUCUGAAGCUGAUGGAUGUCGAGCAUGAGAUUGGUAAAUUGAUGGUUCAGUUGAGUCAAUCGCAGGACGAUGAAAUUGGCGAUGGAACCACUGGUGUAGUAGUCUUGGCUGGAGCCUUGCUCGAACAAGCCGAGAGUCUAAUCGAUCGUGGAAUCCAUCCAAUUCGUAUUGCCGAUGGUUUUGAAUUGGCUGCGCAGUGCGCUGUCAAGCAAUUGGAAUCAAUUGCCGAGCCUUUUCCCAUCGAUCCCAAGAACAAGGAACCUCUCAUCCAGGUUGCGAUGACAACUUUGGGCAGCAAGAUUGUCAAUAAGUGCCAUCGACAAAUGGCCGAGAUGGCAGUUGAUGCCGUCCUCAAUGUGGCUGACAUCGAAGCCAAGGACGUAAACUUCGAGUUGAUCAAGAUCGAGACUAAGGUCGGCGGAAGGAUGGAAGAUUCGAUGUUGGUAAAAGGUGUUGUCGUGGACAAGACCAUGAGCCACGCCCAGAUGCCAAAAUUAUUGAAGGAUGUCAAAUUGGCCAUCCUCACCUGUCCAUUUGAACCACCAAAGCCCAAGACCAAGCAUAAGUUGGAUGUCACCUCAGCUGAGGACUACAAAGCGCUGAGGGCCUAUGAAGCCGAGAAGUUCGCCGAUAUGGUGAAGAAGGUCAAAGAUGCCGGAGCAACUUUAGCCAUCUGUCAGUGGGGCUUCGAUGAUGAAGCCAAUCACUUGCUUCUGCAACACAAUCUGCCUGCUGUGCGUUGGGUCGGAGGACCUGAAAUAGAGUUGAUUGCCAUUGCUACCGGUGGGCGUAUUGUGCCGCGUUUCGAAGAACUCUCAGCCGAGAAACUUGGCAAGGCUGGUCUUGUCAGGGAAAUGUCAUUCGGAACAUCCAAGGAUAAGAUGUUGGUAAUCGAGGAGUGCCUCAACUCAAAGGCGGUUACAAUUUUCCUUCGUGGGGGCAAUGAAAUGAUCAUUGCCGAGUCCAAACGUUCCAUCCACGAUGCUAUCUGUGUCGUUCGUUCAUUAAUCAAGGAUUCUCGUAUUGUUUAUGGAGGAGGUGCCGCUGAGAUCAGUUGCUCCUUGGCUGUGGCUAAGGAAGCCGAUCAACUUUCAACUUUGGAGCAGUACGCUUUCCGUUCGUUUGCUAUUGCCUUGGAAAACAUUCCAUUGGCGUUGGCCGAAAACAGCGGUCUUCAUCCAAUUGAGACCCUCUCCGAGUUGAAAUCCCGCCAGGUUGUCGAGAAGUUACCCAGUCUGGGUGUGGAUUGCAUGCUGACAGGUGAUUCUGACAUGAAGAACCAUCAUGUUAUCGAGUCUCUGAAUUCCAAGAAACAACAGAUCCUCUUGGCCACACAGCUGGUUAAGAUGAUCCUUAAGAUCGACGAUGUGCGAACAAAACAAGAUAAUGAGUACUAGUUUUCAUAUUAGACUUGUCCUGUUCUUGUUCUCAUUUUUGUGUACUCUUCACUUCAUUCAUUAAUAUUGUUCAAGGCGUUUUUGUUUUUCUUAUUCUCGAGGAAAUAAAGAACUUGGAAAAGACCACACAUAAAGCUAACAAUUUUGUAAUCAUCUUUUGAAUCAGCUCGCAAAUUAUUUCUCCUUUCUUUUUAAAUCAUUAUUAAACAUUCACAUUAAACAGAAAAAAAGAAGAACUAAUAAAAAAUACUAAAAUUGAAAAA